AUGUCAAAAUCGAUAUCAUCAACAGCAGACAUGGAUACCAGAGACAAGCCCGUAAUGGGAACAUCUAGGAACGAGGUUGAUAUAUCCAACACAUCGGAUUCGGUAUCCAAAGAUAACAUGCCAGAGGAAUCCGUUCCAGCGGGCGCACCUCUACAGCAAGGAUCAACUUUGAGUCCUGACGAGCUAGAUGGCGAAGAGGCAGUUUAUCCGCAUGGUUUAAAAUUGGUCAUCAUUCUGGCGGCGCUUUGCAUCGCAGUGUUUUUAGUAGCUUUAGAUCAGACUAUUAUCGCAACUGCCAUACCGAAAAUAACGGAUCAGUUCAAUAGCAUACAAGAUAUUGGAUGGUAUGGCAGCGCAUACCUCUUGACCACCACCGCUCUGCAACCGACAUUUGUACCUUUACGAAAACGACCAGCUGCGUUUGGUUUGAUUGGAGGGAUGUGGGGAAUUGCUUCUGUCGCAGGACCAUUGCUUGGAGGUGUAUUCACUGACAAAGUAUCUUGGCGUUGGUGCUUCUAUAUUAAUCUUCCUAUAGGCGCUGUCGCUAUAGCUGUUAUUGCCGUUUACCUCAAGAUCCACCGCGUCAACAACCCCGAGAACCUUUCCAUUCUCGCUCGUAUCAAAAAGCUCGAUCUCAUCGGCACAGCCAUUCUUAUCCCAGCCGUCAUAUGCCUUCUGCUCGCGCUUCAAUGGGGUGGCACGACGCAUCCAUGGACUUCUGCUAAAAUCAUAGGUCUCCUCAUCGGAUCGAUCUUGUUAUUCAUCUUAUUCAUUACCUCACAAAUCAUCCUCGGUGAUAAAGGCAUUCUCCCUCCCCGCUUCUUUAAAGAUCGCAACACUAUACUCGCAUACGUAUUCGCGUUCCUCUUUGGCGCCGGUUUCUUUUCUCUAAUCUUCUACCUGGCAAUUUACUUUCAAUCCGUCAAAGGUUCCUCUGCCACCAAAGCCGGUAUUGAGCUUCUUCCCCUUUUGAUAUCUACAGUUCUAUCAUCCAUAGUAACCGGAGGGCUCAUCACCGCAAUCGGAUAUUACACUCCCGUGAUGAUUUUCUGUAUGAUAUUAUUCGCCGUCGGCUCCGGCCUUAUCACCACCUUCUCCCUCACAACUCCCAUGUCCCGAUGGUUCGGCUUCCAAGUCAUAACUGGUAUUGGAAUUGGCGUUGGUUUUCAAGGUGGUGUUCUGGUAGUUCAGACCGUUCUUCCACUCGUCGAUGUACCCGUCGGUACAGCAUGCGUGUCAUUUUUCCAGUCCCUAGGUGGCGCCCUCUUUAUAUCCGUCUGUCAAACCCUUUUCCAAAAUGGAUUAAAAUCUGGAAUCGAAAAACAUGCUCCCCAACUCGAUCCUCAAUUAUUUUUACAUAGCGGCGCAACAGAAAUUCGACAAUUGCUAGCACAGCUGCAACAAGAAGAAUCUUUGAAUGCGGUGUUGCAAGCUUACGUGGAAGGACUUACGCGUUGUUAUUGGGUGACUACCGCUUGUGCGAUUGGCAGCUUUAUGGCAGCAUGUGGGUUGGAUUGGAGGAGUGUGAAGAAAGGACAUGGACAAGAGAAGGAAAUAGAGAAGAAAAAGGAGGAGAAAGAUGGAAUGGCGAUUGAUAGAGGAACCUCCCAACCUGAAAAUUUGUAA